CACUGUUUACUAAACACAGAGACUCCAAAGAAUUUUAACUUCAAAACCCACACUCUCUCUCCUCUCUUUCUCUCUCUAAGUCUGCAAUGGAAGAACCGCCAUUGCUGCUUACUUCCCUACUCCUCCUGCUCCUCAUCUUCUCCUCCACCUCCUUCUCAGCUUCUCCACCAGCUCCAUCCCCGACUUCCUCUCAUUCCCCAGUCCCACCGAAAAAUUCUUCUUCUUCCCCGCUCUCGCCAUCUGCUUCACCUUCACCUUCUUCUCCUUCUCCGUCGUCGUCGUCGUCGUCGACUCUGGACCCGAAGCAGCUCACGGCUCUGCAAUCCCUCAACAUUCCGACCUCCAGAGACCCCUGCACGCAGCCCUCCUUGGUCCGCAACAACAUCACGCUCUGCGACAACUCCAAGCCCUUCCGACACCUCCUCGCCCUCAAGCUCGCCAACUGCUCCGACGACGUCGCUCUGUCCUUCACCGCCCUCAAGUCCCUCUCCACCCUUCAGUCCCUCCAGUUCCUUAAGUGCCCCAUCGCUCCCAUUCGCUUCCCCGCCGAUCUCGCCGCCAAUCUCCGAUCCUUCACCGCCGUCGCCAGCCUCCGCCGCCUCACCGGCGUCUGGCUCGCCCGCCUCCAGAACCUCACCGAUCUCACCGUCUCCAACGUACAGGUCAAUGCCAGCGGCCCCUUCGUCAUCCUCGGCAACAUGAAAAAGCUCAGGUCCGUCACGAUCUCUUACGCCAAUCUCUCCGGGAGCUUCCCCAGGCACAUGAGCCCUAAUCUCACGUACGUCGAUUUCUCCGGGAAUCGCCUCAGAGGAAGGAUUCCGAGCUCGAUUAACCGCCUCGAGAAUAUCCAGACCUUGAAUCUCUCCGGCAACGCGCUGACCGGCGAGAUUCCGUCCACGAUCGGCGACCUAAUUUCACUCCGGAACGUCUCGCUCGCUUCGAAUUCGCUCUCCGGACCGGUUCCGGAGUCGUUCUCGGCGAUACCUCAUCUGGUCCACAUCGAUCUGAGCUCAAACCAGCUGAACGGGACGAUCCCGAGGUACUUCACCGGCAUGAAGACGCUCAAGUACCUGAACCUCGCGAACAACAAUUUCCGCGGAGUAAUGCCGUUCAACGCCUCGUUCAUCAGCAGAUUGGCCGUCUUCAAGGUCGGCGGCAACGAUUUCCUCUGCUACAACCGAUCGAAUCUCUCGUCGAAGAUGAAGCUUGGGAUUGCUCCGUGCGACAAGCACGGGUUUCCGAUGUCGCCGCCUCCGGCGAGGGACUCUUCGGAGGACGAUAGCAACGAUUCCGACUACGACGACACCGACACGGAGGAAUCCAACCACAAGGAUCACCACCACGGCCCAAACAAGGUUGUUCUCGGUGUCGCCAUUGGCUUAUCUUCAAUUGUUUUCCUCAUUAUUUUCUUGGUUCUUCUUUCCAAAUGCUGUCGCUGAAAGUAAGUUAAAAUUCAAUUAUUUCUCGCUUUUUUCCUCGGCUUAUAAUUUUUAGA